AAAAACCAGCAGCGGCCAUGGCCGGGGCCAGGCUAGCUCACGGGCCAGCUGCUGGUGGUGGUGGUGGUGAUGGUGAUGGUGGUUUCUUUCCUCACUCCGCGGCUAGGGUUAGGGCAAGCUCGGUCCAUGGGAGCUUUCACGAGCUCGGCAUUAAUGUCGCAGUGGAGCAUUCAUGGCUCCCUUUCAGAUGGUAGAUGGCGCGCAUUUACUCCGCCACAGUGUAGAUGGCUCCGCCGCUAUAUAUCUCUCCCACCCACUCUCUCUCGUCCACCACUCCGGUGAGCUAGCCAGCUAGGCCACUGCACUGACACGACGACGACGAGGUGAGAGUGAGAGUGUUUGGUGGUGGAGGCGGCGGCGGCGGCGAGGAUGGUGGACAUGAACGAUGUCCUGCUGGUGGUGUCGGCGGCGGUGCUGGCGGCGAUGUGGUGGCGGCGGUGCUCCAAGACGGGAGGGGUGGAUGGCCUCCCGCCGGGGCCACCGGGGUGGCCGGUGGUCGGGAACCUGUUCCAGGUGAUCUUGCAGCGGCGGCCGUUCAUGUACGUGGUGCGUGACCUCCGCGAGAAGUACGGCCCCAUCUUCACCAUGCGGAUGGGGCAGCGCACGCUCAUCGUCGUCACCGACGCCGAGCUCAUCCACGAGGCGCUCGUCAAGCAGGGCCCCAUGUUCGCCAGCCGGCCGGAGGACAGCCCGACGCGGCUGCUCUUCAGCGUCGGGAAGUGCACCGUCAACUCGGCGCCGUAUGGCCCCCUCUGGCGCGCGCUCCGCCGCAACUUCGUCGCUGAGAUCGUGUCGCCGCCGCGGGUGAAGGGCUUCUCGUGGAUCCGCGAGUGGGCUGUCGGCAGCCACCUCCGCCGCCUCCGCGCCGAGUUCGCCGCCACCGGCGCCGUCCGGAUGAUGGCCAACUGCCGCCUCUCCAUCUGCAGCAUCCUCAUCUGCAUCUGCUUCGGCGCCAAGAUCCCCGACGAGCUCAUCGUCGACAUCGAGGAGGUGCUCAAGGACGUGAUGAUGAUGACCAUGCCCAAGCUGCCGGACUUCCUCCCGCUCCUCACGCCACUCUUCAGGAAGCAGCUCACCGAGGCGCGCAACCUCCGCCGCCGCCAGCUUGGCUGCCUCGCGCCGCUGGUGCGCGCCAGGCGGGAGUUCCUCAAGGACGGCGGCGCCAAGAACGCCGACGGCAACACGGUGGUCGGCGGCGUCGAGAUGAUGAGCGCGCCCGGCGAGGCCUACGUCGACUCGCUCUUCGACCUCGAGCCGCCGGGGAGGGGCAAGCGGCUCGGCGAGGACGAGCUGGUGACGCUCUGCUCCGAGGUGAUGAGCGCCGGCACCGACACCAGCGCCACCGCGCUGGAGUGGGCCAUGAUGCACCUCGUCCUCGACCCCGCCGUCCAGGAGAAGCUCUACGGCGAGGUCGUCUCCAAGGUCGGCACCACGGCGCGCAUCACCGAGGCCGACGUCGAGACCAUGCCCUACUUGCAGGCGGUGGUGAAGGAGACGUUCCGGCGACACCCGCCGAGCCACUUCGUGCUGUCGCACGCGGCGACGAGGGACACGGAGCUGGGCGGGUACCGGGUGCCGGCGGACGCGAGCGUGGAGUUCUACACGGCGUGGGUGACGGAGAACCCGGAGACGUGGCCGGACCCGGAGACGUGGCGGCCGGAGCGGUUCCUGGAGGGCGGCGAGGGCUUCGACACCGACAUCACCGGCACCCGCGCGCUCCGCAUGAUGCCGUUCGGCGCCGGCCGCCGGAUCUGCCCCGCCGCCACCCUCGGCGUCCUCCACAUCCAGCUCAUGCUCGCCAACAUGGUGCGCGAGUUCCGCUGGGUCCCGCCCGCCGGCGAAGGGCCGCCCGACCCCACCGAGACCUUCGCCUUCACCGUCGUCAUGAAGAACCCUCUCCGCGCCGCCAUCGUCGAGCGCCGCCGCGGCGACCUCGCCGCCGUCGCCGCCUCUGCCUAAUUAGACUCUCUCUCUUUCUCUCUCUCUCUCCCACAGUACGGAUUAAUUAUGGCCGCGAUAUAAAUACUCGGGUAGCUGCUGUCCGUUGGAUGAUGGAUGGACGGACGGAUGGAUAUGCAGAUGAUGUCUUAAUUUUUACUAGUGUUUGAUAUCUUUCUUUAAUUUUUCUCUUUUUCUCUUUUUUUUUACUAGUGAUAUCUCCUUCUCUUCCUUUUAUUUUCAAUCCAGGAUUAAGUGUACCUACCGCUGCUUGAUCUGCUCAUAUAUAAAUAUUGGUUGCCAAAUUCAGAAAUAAGCAUGUUAAUUAAUUGCAUCGACUCGAUCCAACAUUAGAAA